CUUCUUUCCUCGAGAAACGGAAGCAGACUAACUUAAACAAUGGCAAGAACCAAGCAGACCGCCCGUAAGUCCACCGGAGGCAAAGCCCCCAGGAAGCAGCUGGCCACCAAGGCUGCCCGUAAGAGCGCCCCGGCCACCGGCGGCGUGAAGAAGCCUCACCGUUACAGGCCCGGUACCGUGGCUCUGAGAGAGAUCCGCCGCUACCAGAAGUCCACCGAGCUGCUGAUCCGCAAGCUGCCCUUCCAGCGGCUGGUGAGGGAGAUCGCUCAGGACUUCAAGACCGACCUGCGCUUCCAGAGCUCCGCCGUCAUGGCUCUGCAGGAGUCCAGCGAGGCUUACCUGGUGGGUCUCUUCGAGGACACCAACCUGUGCGCCAUCCACGCCAAGAGGGUCACCAUCAUGCCCAAAGACAUCCAGCUGGCCCGCAGGAUCCGCGGGGAGAGGGCUUAAACUCACCCGACUACACUCAACAAACCACGGCUCUUUUAAGAGCCACCUCACUCUCAGCUCAAGAGCUCCUUCC